AUGUCCGCAACAGCUCCCCCGAUCUCUCCAACCCGCUUCGCCGCUGCCCUCAAAGACCUCCCCCUCUCCAGUCUGCACGGCAAAGCAGCCGAACUGCGCAACUCCAUCACACAUCUCCAACACUCGAACAAAGAACUACAACCUUUCGCGACCGAAGGCGAUGAAGUGUGCAAAGACGCGAUCGCUGAGAACGAGGAGGUCGUGGAUCGCAUGGAGCACAGGAUACUACUGCUGAGGGCGGAAGUCGAGGGCAGAGGGAUG